AGCAAGAAGCCCUUCCUCCGGCCCCCAGCCUCCGCCGCUUCCCCUCCCUCCUCCGCCCGGGCGGUUGCCCUCUUGCUUGCCCCGUCACAAUACGCGCCAGGCCCACCCAACAAUCCCGGGCUGCCCUCCCGGCGGCCGAGAUUGGGCUGGCCAGCGGAGGGUGCCUGCGCGCGUGUAGAUGGUGCCCGAGGGGACCCGGAGGCGGGAGGAGGAGGUGGUGGUGGCGGCGGUGGAAAGGAAGCCGCCGCGGCCGCCCCUGCUCGCUCGGCGCCGCCCUCCCUCCGCCCCCCGCGCCCUGCCCAAGCAACGCCGGCUGCUCCUCCUGCUGCUGCUGCUGCUGCACCGCCGCCGCCGCCGCCGCGACCCAAUCGCCCGGCUGGGAGAGCGGCGCGGGGCGGGGCUGGAGCUGCCUGGGCCGCCGCCGCCGCCUGCGGCCGCCGCUGCUGCUGGAGCCGGCGGGGGGAAGCCGCCAUGGAACAAAAGAAGCGCUGAGCCGGGCGGGGGCCGUGGCGGCGGCAGCAGCAGCAGCAGCAGCAGCAGCGCCCAGGCCGCGACCGAGUCACCUCACGCCCCGCAAGAGGAGGAGGAAGAGGCGGAGAGGGAGGCCGCCGCCGCCGCCGGAGGAGGAGGAGAAGCGGCGGCAACAGCAGCAGCCGCCGCCGCCGCAGCAACAUGUCGCCCAGGGCCGCGUAGUCGGAGCCCGCCGCCCUCGCCGCCUCCCCCCGCCGCCGCCGGCCCAGCCGACGCGCCUCCUUCGCCGGCCAUGCCGAGCGGCAGCGCCUCGCCGUCGCCUCAGGAGGAGUCGCCCGAGCUGGUGCUGCUGCUGCCGCCGCCCAGGCCGCCGCCGGGCCUGCUCCUCCAGUAUCACCAGCAGCACCGCCGCCACCAGCACCCGCCGCCGCCGCCUGCUCUGGCCGCUUCGCCUUCCCUGCCCGACACGCGGCUGCUGAGGGAUCGCCUGGCCGGCUUGGGCCUGCGGGAGCGCGGGGGCGAGGAGGAGGCGGAGGCCGCCUCACGCGGGGAGCUCCAUGAGGCGGGCGACGGACGAGGAGGAGGAGGAAGAGAAGACGAGGAGGAGGCGGCGGCGCCCGGGGAGGACGGAGGCGGCCACGGCGGGGACCUGGAGCUGGACUUGGAGGAGCCGCCUGAGGACGACGACGGAGGGGGCGGCGGCGGCGGCGACGACGACGACGAAGAGCAGCUGCUGGAGCCCGGAGGGGGCGGCCCGGCCUCGCUGCUGCUGCUGUCGCCGCCGCCCGGCUCGCCCCCGCUUCUGCCGCCGGGGCUGGGCUCGGUCUUGCUGCCGCCGCCUCCCUCCUCCGGGUCAGCCUUCGAGGCCCCCGAGGUGGUGGGGCUGGGCGGGGCGCUGUACGGGCCCGGCGACGAUGUCCACCCCGGGGUGAUGGCGGCGAUGCUCUCGCAGGCCUACGGGCCUCCCGGCGGAGUGGUGGCCGUGACGGCGCCAGGGGGGCCCCCCGGGCCGGUGCUGACCGGCGAGCAGGCGGCGCUGCUGAGGAGGAAGAGCGUCAACACCACCGAGUGCGUCCCCGUGCCCAGCUCCGAGCAUGUGGCGGAGAUCGUCGGCCGGCAAGGUUGCAAAAUAAAGGCAUUGAGAGCUAAGACAAAUACGUACAUCAAGACCCCUGUCCGUGGAGAAGAACCCAUUUUUGUCGUGACUGGACGCAAAGAAGAUGUAACCAUGGCCAAAAGGGAAAUUCUUUCUGCUGCUGAACACUUCUCGAUGAUAAGAGCUUCACGCAACAAAAACGGCCCAGCUCUGGCAGGCCUGUCCUGUAACCCCAACCUGCCAGGCCAAACGACAGUCCAGGUCAGGGUGCCUUACCGUGUCGUCGGGCUGGUGGUUGGCCCAAAAGGCGCUACGAUCAAAAGAAUUCAGCAGCAAACUCAUACCUACAUAGUUACUCCCAGUAGAGACAAGGAGCCUGUCUUUGAGGUUACCGGCAUGCCUGAAAACGUAGAUCGUGCUCGCGAAGAGAUCGAAAUGCACAUUGCCAUGCGCACUGGGAACUAUAUUGAACUAAAUGAAGAAAACGAUUUCCAUUACAAUGGUACAGACGUGAGCUUUGAAGGGGGAAACCUGGGGUCCACCUGGCUUACUUCCAACCCAGUACCUCCUCCAAGCCGCACCAGAAUGAUUUCUAAUUACAGAAAUGACAGCUCCAGCUCUUUAGGAAGUGGCUCCACUGAUUCCUACUUUGGAAGCAAUAGGCUGGCUGACUUCAGCCCAACCAGUCCUUUUAGUACAGGCAAUUUUUGGUUUGGAGAAACGUUGCCUUCUGUAGGUGCGGAGGAUCUUGCAGGUGACUCUCCCGCAUACGACUCCUUGCCGACGCCUUCUCAAACAAUCUGGACACCUUUUGAACCUGUUAACCCACUCUCCAGUUUUGGUAGCGAUCCGGCUAGUAACGUGAAAGCGCCACGGAGAGGGAGUCAGCCAUCCACGCCUCGCCUGUCACCUACAUUUCCUGAAACCCUCGAACAUCCCCUAGCGAGGAGAGUAAGAAGCGAUCCCCCCAGUACAGUCAACCAGGUUGGCCUUCCAAUCUACAUCCCUGCUUUUUCUAAUGGUACCAACAGCUACUCUUCUUCCAAUGGUGGUUCCACGUCGAGCUCCCCUCCGGAGCUGAGACGGAAGCAUGACUGCGUGAUAUGCUUUGAGAAUGAAGUAAUCGCUGCCCUGGUUCCGUGUGGCCACAACCUCUUCUGCAUGGAAUGUGCCAACAAGAUCUGUGAAAAAGAAGCACCAACGUGUCCAGUUUGCCAGACAGCUGUUACUCAGGCGAUUCAAAUUCACUCUUAAAUAUAUAGAGAUAUUAUAUAUGGACUUUUUAAACUCUUAAUGGCUUGGAUGUAAUGGUACCCCCUAAGUAAACCUAUAAUGAACUCAGACUGUUAUUGGGCUUUCUUGGGAAUAGGCUAAUGUUUGUGAGGCAUGUACUCUUUAAAAAAAAAAAAAAAGGCUCGUACAGUUAACACUAAGCGUAGCCAUUAGCCAAUCUUCCAUUUUGGUUCCAGCUGUGGCACCUGUAGCAAAGAGAUGUCUGGAAUGAAGCUAUGCUGUGGCAGGAACUUAGAUCAGUUUUGGAGCCAGAUAAAGCACGGACCUUUGCAGGUUUUCCAGAUGUUCUUGACUAUGUGGUGGUGGUGGUGGUAGUAACAGUCUUGACGGCAAAAAGCCUGGUACGGUCCUGAAUGUAGAAGCUGUCAGUUUAGGGGGAGGGUACAAAGGAUUCUCAAUGUAUCAAACAUACUUCCAAUGCUGCCUUCUUUACACUGCCAGUUCUUCAAAACAGGUUUGGGGCACCUUUUUUUCCCUCUUUACAACAUUGGCGUCACUGUUCUGAUGUUGCAAACAAUUUUAUGAUGCACAGAUUGAUUUCCUUGCAUUCAGAGACUAGUGUAGUGGUAGUUUUUAUUAAUGAGAUCAUUGUUCAUAGGGGACAGAGGGGGCAAAGUGGUAUGAACUGACCACCUUCUCAUCCAAUAUGCAAAUAAGGCAUCUUAAGAGAAUCAGGAACUGUGUGGGUCUUCCAUUGCUGAAGCGUGGGAAAGUCUGCCUUGCCUCAGUGAAUGUUGAGGAACACAGGAGUCUCGCACAUUGAGCUCCCCCGUCAGGAGGGGCUUCCCUGUGCGUUUCAAGGAAGAGAGCUCGUCGUACUGGUUGCUCUGUGUGUGCAUGGAUUGGCUCCAGCCCUUGAAGUGAAUGGGAUCCUCUGUGUAUGCUGGAGCACCACAUGUGCAUGAACACAUGUGGAAUUCUGGAUGGGGAUGAGCCGUUGAGGGCUGUGGUGUCUCCAUACCCAGCGCAGUCCACCAAGUCUCUCUCUCCCCACUUCCCAGUCCCCAUCUGCUUCAGUGAGGCAUGCAUGGGGUGAGAGAGAUUUGUUGGUUUAUCACACCCAUUAUAUAUCCGGUAGAUAGGAUGCAAACAUUCCAUUGGCUAGUUUGAUCAAGCUGUUCUUAAAUUAACUAUUUUAGAGGAUAUCAGAGUUCAAAAAUGUGAAUCAUUUUUACGUUUCAUCCAUACUUGCACAUUAUGUGAAACAUGUAUUUUAUUUUUAGUAGCGUGAGGGAGGCAGGGGAGGAGUCUCAUCCACACCCUUCUAUCCUUCAUGAAAGCAGCUGUGACUGAGCAAGCAGUUUCAUUUCAAAACCAGACUUCCCUGUCUCAAGGAAAAACGCACUUCCCUGUUCUAUUCCUUUUUUUGUUUCUUUGGUUUGUUUUCUUUACAUUUCAACCUGUGGAUGUUUCUAGCUUCUUCAUCCUCAGAAUGUUCCCAAAUCUGUGCUGGCAUUUGAAAAAAGAACACUCAGAAGUUCUGAUGGAUUUCUUUAUUGUUUGUCUCUCUCUCUCUCUCUCUCUCUCUCUCUCUCUCUCAAUCUCUUUUUUUUUUUUUUGAGCAAUAUUUUCCCAAGUUGAAACAAAUAGGGUUUUUUUCUCAGUAUAGCAAAUUCUAUGUGUAUUGAACUAGUAAAUAUACAGAAAUCUUUAUUUUUUAUUUCCACUUGAAAGAGUUACAUUUCGUAUAAAAAAGUUUACAGAUAACGGUUUUUAUUUUAUGAUUUUUUCAGUAUAAAAUUUGCCUUGAUGGCAUUAUUAUUAUAAUAUUAUGAGAUGCAUAACUUUAACGCUAAGAGCUUGUAGGAUAGUUUAAAUGUCAGUAUUGAAACCUUAAUCUUUAGCUGCAGUCUUGUAGAUAUGAACAAUCUCGUUCACAGAGCAUGUAUUUUGUAUUCUAUUGCAUUGUACACGGCAACUAAUAAGCCAAGGAGUCGACAGACAUUAGGUGCGUGUACCAUUUCUAUAAACCACAGAUUCAAGAAUGACAAAGCUCUCUAUAGUUUAGUAUUUGCUAAUUUUACUACACUCUUUUUGUUAUGUAUAUGUAGGGAGGUCAUAGGGAUUAUAAAUUCAAUUUGAGUAAAGUAUAAAAAAACCAUAUAUUUUAUGAUAAAGGGCCUUUAACUUAUUAUGGCCAAAGCACUGAUAUUAUAUAUUUGCUGUAAAGAGAAUUAUAAGAGUUUUAUUUUUCUGAUAUUAAAAGUUACUUAAUAAAGACUUGUUUCCAUUAACUUGAA